AUGGGUAAUCAGUCAUCAAAUAAAGCAGCUGACUGCAGGUCGAUACAGACACUCUCGCUGUGGCUUCUGUCACUCAAAAACAACUCAACACCACUUAUACAGAGUCCAGUCAUGUAUGUCAAGCUCAUACUAUGGAUCCUGCUCUUCAUCUGUGUCCAGAAGGUGUCCCUGCUGGACUAUGAAUAUGAGGAGGACAUUUAUGAUGAUCAGCCUCUGAACUGCUCAACCAGAGAGAGCAUCAAAGGUGGACAUGUCACCUACUCACAGGGAGGGCUGGAGGGUAGUGUGCUGACCUAUCACUGCAGCCUGGGCCAGUACCCUUUCCCGGUCAGCCAAAGGGUCUGCAGUGCUGAUGGGGAGUGGUCCACCAUGAGAUUAGUCAGUGGCAGACUGGUGUCACAAGCCACAUGUAAAGACAUAUUGUGCCCAGCUCAGCUCCAGCUGGAUCAUGGUGAUUUCUGGCCCAGGGAGCAGUGGCUCCGUGUUGGGGAGACGCAGAACUUCUCCUGCCAGGAAGGAUUCACCCUAUACGGGUCAGCCCAGAGGAACUGCACCGUCUCUGGAGGGUGGACAGGAACCACUCCAGUCUGUGACAACCAUGCUGACGACUGUGAUGACCCAAGAAUCCCACCAGGGGCCCAGAGGUCAGCAGGCCGGUUUUACAGGGGAGAGAAGGUGACCUACUGGUGUCAGGCUGGUCUGGAUCUGCUCGGGUCAGCUGAAAGGGUUUGCAUGUCGAACAGGGAGUGGAGUGGUUCAACACCACGGUGCCAAGGCCCAAAUACCUUUGACUCACCCAGCGAUGUGGCAGAGGCUAUGGCAGGGUCACUUGCAGGAAUCAUGGAUGUAGUCUCACCAGAGUCCAAAAGGCAAAAUAAAAACAAUAAUUUUGGCCGAUCCUUCCGUGUGGCCGAGGGCAGUCGUAUGAAUGUCUACAUUUUGCUGGACACAUCAGGAAGCAUCACAAAGGAAGCCUUUGAUAAAUCCAGGGAAGCCACCAUUGCUCUUAUCACCAAGUUGGACAGCUACGAGGUGCAGCUGAAGUUCCAUGUGUUGUCAUUUGCCAGCGAGGCAGUAGACAUUGUAGACAUCACAGAAUCACAGAUAAGUGGGAGCAUCGACGACGUCAUAUGGAAUCUGAUGGAGUUCAACUACAGUAUUCAUGGGCGUAAAACGGGCACCAACCUCUAUGCUGCCCUGCACCGUGUCAAUGAGUUGAUCAGCUUCUUUAAGGAAAACAGCGCCACAAACCAUUUCAACGAGACUCAGAACAUCAUCAUCAUAGAAACUGAUGGCUACUCCAACAUGGGCACCAAGCCCCAGAUUGCCCUGGCCAGGAUUCGGAAUAUGCUUGGCUACUUCGACACAUCCCAGGAUCACACAGAUGAGACAAUGCUAGAUGUCUAUGUCUUUGGUAUUGGGGAACAAUUAAAGAAAGAUCAGUUGAAUGCCUUGGCCUCAAAGAAACGUGAUGAGCAGCAUGUCUUCAUUCUGAAAAACUACGAAACACUGGGAGAGGUGUUCAACAGCAUCAUUAGUGACAAGAGUGUGACGAUGUGCGGGGUAGCUCAGGAAGACAUCUCCGAUAAGGAAGCUACAGUCUACAACAAACCCUGGCAUGUCACUGUGCCUACAUUCUGUUCUGGAUCAAUUGUGAGCCAGAACUGGGUGCUGACAGCUGCUCACUGCUUUGCCAGAGCAAGCACAGACAAAAUCUCUCAGCAGGUGCAAAUAAAACAUGGUGAGGGCAUGGUGGUUUCCACCAAGGUGAUCGUGCACCCUAUGUACAACAUCAGGGCACUCCAACACAGAAAUGUGUCUGAGUUCUAUGACUACGAUGUAGCUCUGGUACACGUGAACAAAAGUAUCCCGCUCUCCUGGAAAGCCAGACCGAUCUGCUUACCGUGUACCGUACCAGCCAGCCGAGCCAUGAAGAAAUUAAACGCUACCUGUCAGCAGCACAGGGAGGAGCUACUAUCACACAAGGAGACUCCAGCCUUUUUCAUCCAUAAGAACUCAGGCCGCAAACAAACACAUAUUCACACACACAGUCAAAGGCCUAUCUGUGUGGAGAAUGCGAGGCAAAUACUCAAAGAUCCUACUAAUGUGACUUUGGAUGAGUUUGUGACUGACAGAUUCCUCUGUUCUGGAGGAUCCUCAGGAUACCGAGAUGCUAUCACCUGUAAAGGUGACUCUGGUGGAUCCCUGUUUCUGCGAAAAAGAAAUCGCUACUUUCAGGUGGGAGUAGUGACCUGGGGAAUCACAGAUGUAUGCAGCCCAGCUCAGACAAUGUACAGCAGCGACAGGCCACCUCCCGAUGCUCGAGACUUUCACAUCGACCUAUUCAAGAUAAUGCCGUGGCUCAAACAGCACCUGGGUGAGGACAUCCAGUUCCUGCCUGAUAUCAUUUAAGAACACUGAUAAUCACCUGAUUAAUCAUCUGUUUGGAUGAAGCCAAAAAAAUAACGCAACAUAGAAUCCAAUGAGCUUUUGUCAGAACACUGUUGUUUUUUAUCUCGCUUGUAAAAGGCAUUUUGUUAUGAAUCAUACAUAAAAAAAAUAAUUCUU